AAAGGGUGGGAUGGAGUCGAUAGACUCUUCGAAGAGCCGAGAGAAGAAGACCCUGGAAGAGCUCCCAUGGCUUACGUCGAAAGAGGUGUUGUGAAGUCCCAGCGAUCUAUAUGGAGGUUGAGAACAAUCACUGAUUUCUUCUGGGCUAUCGUUAACUUCAUUGGCGUAUUUUUUGCAACAAUGUUUUCGAUGGAAAAAUCGGAUGAUUACAAAAAAGGCUCAGGUUCUGGCAAGAAAUGGGAUGAUGGCGGUUCAGGAGGUCCUGGAAGAGGUCCAUAUGGUGGUGGUCCACGUGGGCCACCUCGUGGAUUAGACAAUGUUCGAGGAAUUGACCAUAGUUCUCUUCCUGCCUGUGGCUCCUGCUGUGGAGGCUAAAGAGCUGGAGCCUGGAGAUACCUCUGUCAUGCUUGGACUACAAUUAGCCUGAUGAACAGUGACGUGGCAGAGGUUUUGGCCGUAAGAAGAUACUGGGCUGAAGAAAUAAUGUAAUAAGUUUGGGCUAGAAGACAUUUUUACUCUACAUGAACUGAACAAUAGACUUGGACUGUGGUUGGGACAGCAAUGAUGUAGUUAGAAGAAGAUUGAGUUUUGCAUAGAUUCUGUGCAAAAACGUUACAGAUGGAAUUGGAUUGGAUAAGUUGAAGUAACAAAUAGAUAGGAAGUGUAGUGAUAAUGUAUACCAAGUGGUUUAUUUAUGUUUGUGUUUAUCGAUGGAUUUAGAUUUUGUUUGAAAUUAGUAAUUAGUUAUUUGAUA